UGUUUGAAUGGAUAUUAACGUUACCAGGUGCACGGAGAAAUGGGAGAGGCCUCCAGCAUCCUCCAUUAUGCUGUCUAGCAAGAAGUCAGACACUGGCUCCUCUUCCUCCUCCUCCUCCUCAUCUUCUGCUGGACAAGCAGGAAGUGAUAGGGCCCCAGUAUCUGAUGCCCAGACUGGUCCCUCAGCUUCAGCAGCAGGAGCUAUGGAUGUCAAAAAGAAGGAGAGGUCAUCCCCUAGUGGGGAAGUUGGAGGCACCCCUUUGCCCCACCAAGUAGGCCCUGGGGGGGCAGACCAGGACUCAGCAGAAGUCCGCAGGACAAGCCGACGCAAGCGAGCGAAAGUGGAGUACCGCGAGAUGGAUGAGAGCCUGGCAAAUCUGUCGGAGGACGAAUAUUACUCAGAGGAGGAGAGGAAUGCCAAAGCAGAGAAAGAGAGGAAGCAGGUCAUCCCUCCUCCAGCUCCACCAGUAGAGGAGGAGAAUGACAGCGAACCAGAGGAGCCAUCUGGUGUGGAAGGAGCUGCUUUCCAGAGCCGUCUUCCUCAUGAUCGUAUGACCUCCCAGGAGGCUGCCUGCUUCCCUGACAUCAUCGGUGGUCCCCAGCAGACUCAGAAGGUCUUCCUCUACAUCCGCAACCGUACACUCCAACUGUGGCUGGACAACCCUAAGAUCCAAUUGACAUUUGAGGCCACAGCACAGCAGCUUGAAGCUCCAUACAACAGUGAUGCCAUGCUGGUCCACAGGAUACACAGCUACCUAGAAAGGCAUGGUCUCAUUAACUUUGGCAUUUAUAAGAGGGUCAAGCCUUUACCCAGUAAGAAAACUGGGAAGGUUAUAGUUAUUGGUGGAGGUGUGUCUGGCCUAGCUGCAGCCAGGCAGCUGCAGAGCUUCGGAAUGGAUGUUACAGUAUUAGAGGCCAGGGACCGUGUUGGAGGUAGAGUGGCUACAUUUAGGAAGGGCAACUAUGUAGCUGAUCUAGGAGCCAUGGUGGUGACAGGGCUGGGAGGGAAUCCCAUGGCAGUGAUCAGUAAGCAGGUUAACAUGGAGCUGGCCAAGAUCAAACAGAAGUGUCCACUGUAUGAAGCCAAUGGCCAGGCUGGUGAACGGUGCACAAGUGUGCCAAAAGAAAAAGAUGAGAUGGUAGAGCAGGAGUUUAACAGAUUGCUGGAGGCCACCUCCUACCUCAGCCACCAGUUGGACUUCAACUUCCUCAACAACAAGCCCGUUUCUCUGGGACAGGCCCUGGAGGUGGUCAUACAGCUGCAGGAGAAGCAUGUAAAAGAUGAACAGAUAGAACACUGGAAAAAGAUUGUAAAGACACAGGAAGAGCUCAGGGAUCUUCUCAACAAGAUGGUGACCACUAAGGAGCGAGUUAAGGAGCUCCAUCACCAGUAUAAAGAGGCCAGUGAGGUCAAACCACCCAGAGAUAUCACAGCAGAGUUCUUGGUGAAGAGCAAGCACCGUGACCUCACGGCACUCUGCAAAGAGUAUGAUGAGCUGGUGGAGAUGCAGGUCAAACUGGAGGAGAAGCUGCAGGAGCUGGAGGCUAAUCCACCCAGUGAUGUUUACCUGUCAUCCAGAGAUCGGCAGAUCCUGGACUGGCACUUUGCCAACUUGGAGUUCGCCAACGCUACGCCCCUCUCCACCCUUUCUCUCAAACACUGGGAUCAGGAUGAUGACUUUGAGUUCACUGGCAGCCACCUGACAGUGAGGAAUGGGUACUCUUGUGUUCCUGUGGCCCUAGCUGAGGGUUUGGACAUCAAACUAAACACAGCAGUACGGCAAGUUCGAUACACGGCAUCUGGGUGUGAGGUGAUAGCUGUCAACACUCGCUCAACAACCCAGACCUUUAUAUACAAGUGUGACGCUGUGCUGUGCACCCUGCCCCUCGGUGUGUUGAAGCAGCAGCCCCCUGCUGUGCAGUUUGUUCCCCCGCUGCCUGAGUGGAAGACCUCUGCCAUACAAAGGAUGGGCUUUGGCAACCUGAACAAGGUGGUGUUGUGUUUUGACCGUGUGUUCUGGGAUCCAAGUGUCAACCUGUUUGGUCACGUCGGUUCCACCACAGCAAGUCGGGGUGAACUCUUCCUCUUCUGGAACCUCUAUAAAGGUGACAAGAGAUCACUUGUCAUUUCAAACAUCAGUGAUGAUGUUAUUGUUGGACGCUGCCUGGCCAUUCUCAAAGGAAUUUUUGGAAGCAGCGCUGUACCGCAGCCAAAGGAAACUGUUGUCACCCGUUGGCGCGCUGACCCCUGGGCACGGGGCUCCUACUCAUAUGUCGCAGCAGGUUCUUCGGGUAACGACUACGACCUUAUGGCACAGCCCAUCACACCUGGCCCUGCUAUACCUGGAGCCUCACAGCCUGUCCCCCGUCUGUUCUUUGCUGGUGAGCACACAAUCAGGAAUUACCCGGCCACAGUUCACGGGGCCCUGCUUAGUGGCCUCCGCGAGGCUGGCCGCAUCGCAGAUCAGUUCCUGGGUGCCAUGUACACGCUGCCAAGACAGACCACUCCCACAGCUACCAGCAACCCUCAGCAGGCUCAGCCCACCCCCAGUGUCUGAAAUGGACUCUUGCGGUUUCUGCCAACUCAAGACUGUCUGACCAACUGUAGCAGUUUAUGAGAAAAGGAAGAAGUUUGCCCAUAUACUGCUGACAGUUCUCAGCAAAAGCUUUUGGAAGUCCCAGAAGCUGCUUUGCCUUCAGACUAAAAUAAUGACACUUCUGCAGUUCUACUGUCUGGUUGUAUGUAUUCUGUGGAAUUGAGAUUUAACUGCAGCAUUUCAAGUUCAUCAGAAUUUUAGCUUGGGAUGUUAGUAUCCCCAGCAAAAUGUGAGACUAUACAUACAGUAUACCUACACUUAACUGUGACAGAAACAUUACUACAAAUACUGGGCGGUCAUUAAAAAAUGAGAAAUAAAUCCCAAUGUUAUUACAUGCCAGUGUAAAAAUCCAUCUUACACUUUAUAAAUGUGACUUUUAAGUCUUAAGAGAGAAGCAUGGCAUUACCUAUGAGACUUGGAGCGAUCCAGAAUCUGUUUAUGUGCCCUUUUGUGAACAUUAAGCAGCAACUGAAAACAUCUUUACCUAAUGUACGUGCAAGACAGAUGACCAACUCAGUAGCACAGUUUCGAUUCACUAAAGCUGGUUUGCUUUUCCCUCUGUUGUGAUUCCAGGGGCCUUGUCUUUGUCGUCUUAAAGCAGGACUAAAGCAUCGCGUUGUACUCUACUGUAGCGGUUUGCCUCGUAAAUUUCAUUUGUAUCAUUUAGGUUGCAGAGUAUAGCGAAUAGAUUUUGUACUAAAAGCUAAAAAGGUGGAUAUGUUGAAAGAAUUGGGAAUGUUUUUGUUGCCAUAGCAAUUUAAGCAUUUUAUUAUCACAAUAGUAUGUCGUUACAUACUUGUUUUAUAUUGUCCUUUGUUUUGUUAUUAAAAGGAGACGAAUUGAAGCUUGAAA